UAGGCUUUGCGCGUUUUAAUGCGAUGGUGUCCCCACGGGAUCAAAUUUCAGCGUCACAGCUGAGGACUGGCUUUGCGGUCCCUGAGGGGAGAGCAUGAGCAGGAGGUGCGACCCUCUUCUGGCUGGCCUACCCCAGGACCCUGACUACUCUCUGUCCUGCUACUGCUCAUCUCCCUUGCCCUCCAACGCGUGUUUGCCUACGAACGGGAAGUGUGACAAGUACUGGGACUUAUCCUCAGACAAGACCUUGAACUAUACGAUUCACUGGUCCAGGACCUCAGAGCCAGAGAUCUUGGAGCCAGCUGCUUCUGAGAACACAGUACAAAACUCCAGUCUAGACUGGAGGCCUAGGAGGGACUCAGGACCUCGGUCGUAUGGGUCUCCCCUCAUCCAGAACCCAGACUCACAGGAGCAAUCUAAUGACCAGGACCUGAAGAAGCAUCACAGUAUCACUAAGAAGCCCUUGGAGACCAGCACGUCCAAAGUCAAAGCUAAGUCCACCACGAUGAUUCCUGACUUCCAGAAGCACUUGCGAUGCGAACUGGAGUCACUCAAGAGCCAACUACAGGCCCAGACCAAGGCCUUCGAGUUCCUGAACCACUCAGUGACCAUGUUGGAGAAGGAGAGCUGCCUGCAGCAAAUCAAGAUUCAGCAGCUUGAAGAGGUGCUGAGACCCAUAAGCCAGACGGAGGAGGGAUGCAAGUGGGGCGUGGAGCAGGGGCCGCAGGGGCUGUACGGGGCCCUGGCCCAAGGCCUGCAAGGGCUACAGAAGACCCUGCGUGACAGUGAGGAGGUACAGAGGGCCCGCACCACUCGCUGCCUGAAGCUGCUGGCCCAAGAGAUCCGGGACAGCAAGAAGUUCCUGUGGGAGGAGCUGGAGUUGGUGCGGGAGGAGGUGACCUUCAUCUAUCAGAAGCUCCAGGCUCAGGAGGAUGAGAUCACGGAGAACCUGAUGAACAUCCAGAAGAUGCAGAAGACGCAGGUGAAGUGUCGCAAGGUCCUGACCAAGAUGAAACAGCAGGGGCAUGAGACAUCCAACUGGCCGGAGACUGAGGAGAUGCCACCAGGAGGCAAUGGCUCCUGGAGGGAUGACCUCCAAAAGGAGCUGAGUGACAUAUGGUCUGCGGUGCACCUGCUGCAGAACUCCUUUGAUAUCUUCGUCAUGUCCGCAGGGGGCCGCCUCAGGGCCUCGAACCUCCGGGGUGAGGGGGAUGAGGUGCCCUCUGGGAGCAAGCUGCGUGAAUGGGGCACUGGACCCAGAGUGCCUACCCUCACCUUCCUGGGCCUCAGUUUCCACAUCUGUGCAAUGGGGUUGACCAUCCCUGUCCUGCUGGCCGCCAGGAGCGGCUGUGAGUCUGUGGGUGUGGCGGAGGCCUGUGGGAAGCCAUAG